AUGCCCUACCUUCACCAAUAUGACUACAUAUUCGCGAUCGGCACCAUUUUCGCUGCGCUUGACGCUUACAACAUCGGAGCAAACGAUGUCGCAAACUCCUUUGCCACCUCGGUCGCCUCUCGCUCCCUCACUCUCCGGCAGGCGUGUGUCGCUGCCGCCAUCUGCGAGUUCCUCGGUGCCGUCCUUGUCGGUGCUCGAGUGGCGGGGACCAUCAAGAACGGUAUCAUCUCCCUCUCGGUCUUCCGUGGUAACGCCGGCGUGCAGAUGCUCGGUUUCACCUGCGCCCUCGUCGCGUCCGCCACCUGGCUCAUGAUUGCCACCAUCAACUCAUGGCCGGUCUCCACCACCUACUCUAUCGUCUCUGCACUGGCCGGUGUCGGAGUGGCGCUCGGCGGUUCCGGUGCGGUCCAGUGGGGCUGGAACGGCGGUAAAGGUCUCGGUACGAUCUACGCCGGUAUGGUCAUCGCCCCUGCGCUCGCUGCCGGCUUUGGCGCCGUCAUCUACCUCAUCACCAAGUACGCGGUACUUGAGCGCAAGAACCCCAUCAAAGCCGGUCUCAUCAUCUCGCCCAUGUACUUCUUCACUGUCGCCGCGGUCCUCACCAUGUCAAUCGUGUACAAGGGUGCGCCCGAACUCAAGCUCGACAAAUUGUCCGAGGGUACCAUCGCCGCUGCCAUCGUCGGUACUGGCGCCGUCAUUGCCGUCCUCGCCGCCCUCUUCUGGCUCCCCUUUGUCCGCGCCAAGGUCAUCAAGCGCGACUACACUAUCCGGUGGUACCACUUCUUCUAUGGUCCCCUCCUCUGGUCUCGUCCCGCUCCCGAGGUCGCGCUCGACGCUGCCAUCUCCUCGGUCCCCGACUACCGGACCUAUGGCCGUGAUCAGCCGGUCGACGCGCCCGCAGGCAAUGACAUGCACGACGUCGAGAACCGGAUCAACCCCACCCUCAUGACCACCGGGUCACACGAGGACACCGCCGCCAACUCGCCCGACGGAUCGGAGAAGAACUACCCCGUCGACGGCCACAAGCCUACCCACACCCCCACUACCUCUCACACUCCCCACCACGCCCCAUUGACCGAGGUCGAGGCGCCAGCGGAGCCUCACCCGAUCGAGGGCUCUUGGAUCCUCCCCAAGAACCUCUGGAUCAUCCUUCGAUACCGUGUCCCCAAGGCGCUUCUCCACGGCUCAUCGGUGGAUGUCCACAAACUCCAGGCGGGUGCGACCGGGGAGCAGCAGCGGAUCUCUGAGAUGCACGAGCGGGCCAAGCAGUACGACAACGAGACUGAACACCUCUUCUCCUUCCUCCAGGUUUUGACUGCCUGCACCAACUCUUUUGCCCACGGCUCCAACGACGUUGCCAACGCCAUCGGUCCUUUUGCCGCCAUCUACUACGUCUGGUCCAACGGUGUUGUUACCCCUUCCAACUCGCCCACCCCCGUCUGGAUGCUCGCCUUCGGUGCUGGCAUGCUCGUUAUCGGUCUCGCGACCUACGGGUACAAUAUCAUGUCCGCCCUCGGUAACCGUCUCACCAUGCACUCUCCCUCGCGUGGAUUCUCGAUGGAGUUCGGCGCGGCUAUCACUGUCCUCCUGGCCUCGCAGUACGCUAUCCCCGUCUCGUCCACCAUGUGCAUCGUCGGCGCUACCGCCGGUGUCGGUAUCGUGUCGUCUGGUCUCAAGGGUCUCAACUACAAGGCCUUCGCGUGGAUCUUCGCUGGAUGGGUCCUCACUGUGCCUAUCGCGGGAACUGCCGCUGGAUGUCUUACCGGUCUCUUCAUCAACGCCCCCCGAUUCUAG